AUGGAGCAGCGCCUUCCGGACCCGGUGCUUCCACAACAGGCGAGCAAGUAUACGCUGCUGAACACGGCUCGACCUUACACAAUCCGUCGCAUCCGCCGGGUCCUGAACGCGAAGGCUUUUACCAACACGCUCGGGCUCAAGGGACCACCGCAGCCGGACGAUCUCAGGAGCUUCUGGAAGGCGGUAACUCGAAGGCACUGA